AUGCACAUCCACGGCCACGACUUCCAAGUGCUCGCCGAGGGUCAAGGCCAGUGGGACGGCAGCAGCAUCACCAAUCCUUCGAACCCGCAGCGCCGCGACACACAAAUGCUCCGGGCCGCUGGGGCGAACGCGACGAACCCCACGUACAUCGUGCUCCAAUAUGGACAGGAUAACCCUGGUAUCUGGCCUUUCCACUGCCAUAUUGCAUGGCACUUGAGUGCCGGCAUGGGCAUCAUGUUGCUCGAACGGCCCGCCGAUUUGGCUGCUGAUGUCAAGAUCCCCGCGGCCAUCGAGGACUCGUGCACCCUCUUCCAGCAGUGGCAGACUUCUAAUCCUACCACAGAUGUUGACGAUGGACUUAGGAGGAUGGCCCUGACUUGCUCGCUCGCCGGACGUUGGUCGAGCAUGAAGAACAUGGGCACCAGCAGCAUCAUCAUCAUCAUCGCCGGCACACUAGGCACCUCGACAGGCACAAUAGGCGCAGCUUCAACGGUCUAG